AUGUCGCGUCAUGGGAGCAACCCAUCUAUACUUCAACGGGCUAGGUGUAACCGCAUUUUUGCACUAUUACCUGAAAGAAAUGCACAGUCUGAUGGUAGUGAGCUGUCAGACGUUGAAGAAGAGGAGUUCUUCCAACCUCCAGAUGAAGACUGUUUUAGUUCUUCUCCGCCGUCCGUGGAUUCGUCACUCGAACGAAUGAAUAUACUUGACAGCGAUGACGAAGAUCCCUCUUCUGUAACACCAGCUGCACUUUCUGUGACUCACGAUCGAUGCAAUUCAACUUCGACCUUGAUGUAG